CGCUGGCAGCGAGCACGGAGGGACGUGACGGUGCACGCGCCUCACCUGGACGGAAAUACACCUGAGGAAUAAUCGGGAAAAAAAUAAUUGGGAACCCUUAGUCAAGUAUCCUUUGUGUGUGUGUGUAAGUGUGUGUGUGUGUGUGUGUGUGUGUGUAAGUGUAUUGUAUGUGUAUGUAAGGGGAGAGUCCAGGUGUUCGCGCCCCACCUGGGGCUGCUCUCGUCACUUCUCUUUUCCGGGUUCGAACUCCCUACUCCACCAUGCCGGACGUGAUCAGCGUCACCGAGUUCGUUGGUGAGUGCAAUGAGGACUACAAGGCCCCCACCACCUCCAACUUCUCCACGCGGAUGUCCCACUGCAGGAACACCGUGUCUGCUUUGGAGGAGGUUCUGGAUGUGGAGCGCUCGGUUCUGUCCAAACUGAAGAAGGCAAUGAAGUCUGUGUACACAUCUGGUCUGACACAUGUAGAGCACGAGGAGCAGUACGUGCACGCCAUGGAGAAGUUGGGUGACAACUGUGUCUGCAACGAGGAUACAGAGGUUGGCUCCGCCUUCAUUAAGUUUGCCAUUUUCACCAAAGAGCUUGCAGCGCUCUUCAAAAACUUGAUGCAAAACAUGAACAACAUCAUCUCCUUCCCACUGGACAGUCUGCUGAAAGGGGACCUGCGGGGCGUCAAGGGGGACCUGAAGAAGCCUUUCGACAAGGCCUGGAAAGACUACGAGACCAAACUGUCCAAGUUGGAGAAGGAGAAACGCGAACAUGCCAAGCAGCAUGGCAUGAUCCGCACAGAAUUCAGUGGCGGAGAGAUUGCCGAGGAGAUGGAGAAGGAACGCCGCAUGUUCCAGUUGAACAUGUGUGAGUACCUGCUGAGAGUCAACGACAUCAAAAUGAAGAAGAGUGUGGACUUCCUGCAGAACCUCAUCAAGUAUUUCCACGCUCAGUGCAAUUUUUUCCAGGACGGGUUGAAGGCCGUGGAAAGUCUCAAACCAUCCGUUGAGAAAAUGGCGUCCGAGUUGACGGCGAUUAAACAGACGCAGGAUGGCGAAAGGAAACAGCUGAGUCAGCUCAGAGAUGUCCUUAAGGCAGCGCUGCAGUCGGAAACCAGAGAGGAGACCCCUGCCAAGCAGAAAGCUGGAUACAGUCUUCACCAGCUGCAGGGGAACAAGGCUCACGGAACCGAGCGCUGCGGAGUCCUGUACAAGAAGAGCGAUGGGUUGACGAAAAUGUGGCAGAAAAGGAAGUGCUCUGUGAAAAAUGGCUUCCUGACCAUCUGCCACUCCACGACAAACCGUCCACCUGCCAAACUCAACCUGCUUACCUGUCAAGUAAAGAAGAACCCGGACGACAAGAAGAACUUUGACUUGAUCUCACACGACAGGACGUAUCACUUCCAAGCAGAAGACGAGGCUGAUUGUCAGAUCUGGGUGUCAGUUCUUCAGAACAGCAAAGAAGAGGCUCUGAACAAAGCGUUUAAAGGAGACCAGGACGAAGAGGACAACAUCGUGCAGGAGCUCACCAAAGCCAUAGUGCAGGAAGUGAAGAAGAUCAGCGGCAACAACGUCUGCUGCGACUGCAGCGCUCCUGAUCCCACGUGGCUAUCCACCAACCUCGGGGUGCUGAUCUGCAUUGAGUGCUCAGGGAUCCACAGAGAAAUGGGAGUCCACUACUCCAGAAUCCAGAGUCUGGACCUGGACGUCCUAGGAACGUCCGAAUUGCUGCUGGCCAAGAACGUGGGAAACACCAGCUUCAAUGACAUAAUGGAGGUGGCGCUUUCUGCAAAGGGCGUGUCCAAACCUGACCCGUGUAGCGACAUGCAGACUAGGAAGGACUACAUCACCGCUAAGUACAUAGACAAGCGCUUUGUACGUCCACUAUGUGCUGAUGCCGAGACCCGCCUAGAGGUUCUGUACCAGGCCGUCCGGAACCGAGACAUCCUGUCCCUGAUCCAGGUUCAUGCCGAGGGCGUGGACCUGAUGGAGGCGGUUCCGCAAACCAAUGAGCAUGAGUCUGGAGAGACAGUGCUUCAUCUGGCAGUCCGCAUGGUGGACAGAAACUCUCUUCACAUGGUUGACUUUCUUGCACAGAACAGCACCAGCUUGGACAAGCAGACGUCCAAAGGAAGCACCGCGCUUCAUUACUGCUGCUUGACAGACAACAGUGAAAGUCUCAAACUUCUACUGCGAGGGAAAGCUGCCGUAAACAUCACCAACGAGGGCGGUGAAACACCGCUGGACAUCGCCAGACGACUUGGACAUUCGCAGUGUGAAGACCUGCUGACUCAGGCUCAGACAGGAAAGUUCAACGUGCACGUGCAUGUGGAGUACGAAUGGCGUCUUCAUAACGACGACCUGGAUGAGAGCGAGGACGAGCUGGAGGACAAGCCUAUUCCUUCCCGGCGUGAGGAGCGUCCCAUCAGCCUGUUUGUGGGCGGAGCUCGCGCGGUGCCGGGGCGGGACAGACACAGGCCUCAGAUCCCCAGCAUGAUGAUCAGCAAUGAGACCUAUGGCGCCGUACUGGACCUCCACCUGCCCCCUGGACCCACCCCUGCUCUGCCCCCUAGAGGUCCCGCCAGAGGACAUGGCAAAGAUGUUCCCAUGGAAACAAUCGGAAGACAGCGGUCUUUGUCCGACCCCCCCAAUCCAAACAGUGCUGAGAGAAACACUUCCGUGUACGUUCUCCCUGCGGUUCCUGCCCCUACUCCUAAGGCACCACCCGCUUUUCCUCCACCCCCACCCCCACCCCCCGCACACAAGCACGACACACCUCCAGGACCCACAUCAUCCAGCAGUGUUGAUUUCAGGGCAGGUCCAAAAAUGGUACCUUUUAGAAGAGCACACAAAGGAGCUUCUCAGGCCCAGUCCCCAUUGAGCUCUUCCCCCCCGACACCCAAACCAAGGACUACCUUCAGUACAUCUAGACCCAAGCGGGUCCGGGCCAUCUACAAAUGUUUGGCGGACCACGCAGACGAAUUGACGUUCGAGGAAGGUGAGGUGAUCGUUGUGGAGGGUGAGGAGGACAGCGAGUGGUGGGUUGGACACAUAGAAGAAGACCCUGCCAGACGAGGAGUGUUUCCUGUCACCUUUGUGCACUUCAUCACAGAGUGACCACAUCCUAGUCCUUCUGGUCAUCCAGUCUUACUAGUCUUUUUAGUCCUUCUUACUAGUCCUCCGAUCCUACUAGUCUUUCUGGUCCUUUUUCUGGUCCUCCUGUUUUACUAGUCUUUCUAGUCAUUUCUAGUAGUCCUCCAGUCUUACUAGUCUUUUUAGUCCUUUUUUACUGGUCCUUCUGUUUUCCUAUUUUUUCUGGUCCUUUCUAUUUGUCUUCCAGUCUUACUAGUCUUUUUUACUGGUCCUCCUGUUUUACUAGUCUUUCUAGUAGUCCUUCAGUCUUACUAGUCUUUUAAGUCCUUUUUACUGGUCCUUCUGUUUUACUAGUCUUUCUCGUCCUUUCUACCAGUCUUCCAGUCUUUCUAGUCCUCUAGUCCUAAUAUCCUACUAGUCAUGUAGUCGUCCUCAAGCUUUUCUCUCGUCUCCUGCUUGUUAGCAUUAGCGCAGUUAAGAUUUUGGUGUUGUCCGUGAGGAAGUGCUUCAAUAAAGUAAUACAACUUUUA